AUGGGUGAUAGAAGCAGGCGUAGCAGGGCAAUGGAGAUGGCACAAUACCAAGCAAGGCUUGACAUUGAGGAUUUAGAACUGAUCAACGCCGAAGCUGAACUUGUAAACUCGUUUAUGCAAUAUGAGCACCAUGGCGAAUCUAGCCAUCGUGGUUUUGUCACGGGGCGUUCAUUCAUGCAGCGUGAUAGAGAAGAGUGUCAUGACCAAAUGAUGAAAGAUUAUUUCAUUGAGCGGCCGAGAUUUCCUGCUCAUGAUUUUCGGAGGCGGUUUCGGAUGAGGAGAGAGCUUUUUGAAGGCAUAUUGAACGCAGUUGUCAAUCAUGACCACUACUUUGCAAGGAAGAUAGAUGCCGUAGGCCGACAAAGUCUAUCGCCUCAUCAAAAGCUCACAUCUGCAUUUCAAAUGCUAGCUAAUGGGUGCUCUGCUGACUCAACUGACGAAUAUUGUCGACUUGCGGAGAGUACUGCUAUUGAGAACCUGAAGCGCUUCUGUCAAGCAAUUCAAGCCAUCUAUGGAGCCACAUACCUCCGCAAGCCAACUCGUGAAGACUUGAAAAGGCUUCUACGCAAGGCAGACAAAAGAGGCUUCCCUGGCAUGAUAGGAAGUCUCGAUUGUAUGCAUUGGGAGUGGAAGAAUUGUCCUACUGGUUGGGCUGGCCAAUUUAAGGGUUGUCAUAACAAGCCAACCAUCGUGCUGGAGGCUGUGGCAUCUUACGACACAUGGAUUUGGCAUGCAUUCUUCGGCUUUCCCGGAUUAAACAACGAUAUCAACGUUCUUUGGUCUUCUCCUCUGUUCGAUGAGGUUGUGAAUGGAUGGGCACCAGAAUUUCGAUACAAGGUAAAUGGUAAUAUGUGUGAGCUAGGUUACUACCUAACUGAUGGUAUUUAUCCUAGUUGGUCUACCUUUGUCAAAAGUUUUUCUCAUCCCGAUAGUGCAAAGAAGAAAUUAUUUUCGCAGAGGCAAGAGUCUUACAGGAAGGAUGUGGAGAGAGCAUUCGGGAUCUUACAAGCUCAAUGGGCCAUUGUUAGAGGGCCUGCACGAUUUUGGCAACCCGAAAUUCAUACACUACAUAAACUUAACAAUCAUAUCCACCAUCUUCACUUGGUGAUGGACUUCGUUGAAAUAUUGGGAUAUAAGGUUCAGAGGAUUCAUCAUCUUGAAACAUACUCCUUGAGGCAGACUUUCGCAUAA